AUGUUUGACGCAACUCACUUCAAGGCGCCCUCUUGGCGCCGCAUUGUCCUGCUAUGCUUGCCCAUGCUGGUUGCUGCCCAAUCGGAACCGGAGCUAGCAAAAUUCGGCGAUGUGAUUCCAGUGUUGGGAAAGAUGGUUCGAACCGAUCAAGACUUUGUCGACGGCUUCGUCCUGGACUUGUUCUCGCCCAAGAACCGCACCGCCGUCGUGACCCAGAACACGUCCCCACUCUCCGGAAGCUUCGUCUCGGGCAGCACCGGCGAGGGCUUCAUCAACCUCUCCAAGUACAGCUGGGUCAUCAAGUUCAACGAGUCCGCCACGGACCUCAUCGCCAAGGUUGAGCUCCCGUACGAUCCGGUGGCGCUGGCCAAGGAGGGCGUCGAACCGGCCAACACCUACGUUGGCACGCUUGCUGCGGACAAGAAGUCCUGGGUCGUGUCGGAAGCGCAGCGAAACGUGCACGUGACGGAAAAUAAAACAAGAAUCAUCAAAAUGACUUCAAUGGAUGGAGAGUACAUGCUGCUCGGACGCAAGUCCAUCGACACUAGCAACAUCUUUGUGCAGUACGGUCAGGGCGUCACGAGGACGGUCAAUGUGACGGGCGGCGCCGACAAGAUCCAAGAAGCCGAGUUUGUCGACGGCUUGCGUUUUAGCAUCCAGUCGACAAAGCCGUUUACCCUCAACGCUGACAUUCCAUUCGGAGUUGCCGCUGAGUCUCUGCCCGAGUCGCACAAAUCACUGAUGCUUCGUUCUAACGUGGUUUCCUUGCCAGAUUCGUUUUACUGGAAGGUCAACUCGACGGCGCCGACGAGCGCAGUUGCGGUCAACAUGACGUUUCCAGUGAACCCCGCGCUUUUGCAGCAACUCGUCGGGCCCGAGGCAGCCAAGCACGCGCACCUCGUCGUGGCCAAGCGGGCCGUCGACGCUCCCGCCGCCACCCGCUUCCAGCCGCUCAAGGGCCAGCAUUUUGACAAGUGCAACCGCGUCAUCCACGUGGGCGGGCUGACCGCGGUCGACGGGCAGUAUGUGGUUCUGGUCGCGGCAAAGGCCGAGGGCAAGUGUGGCAAGACAAAGGGGGGUGAGAAAGAGGAACAAGGUCGAGCGGCGGCGUGCACCACGCAGUCGGCGGCGCCCACCACAGCCAAGGACAGCGAGACGGUGGCACCGGUUCCCCAGGUCAAUGCUGCCACAGCACCGGGUUAUCUUGGGGCGUCGUGGCUGCUGCUGCUCGGCCUUUUCGUCUUGUAA